CUACAGCAAUAUUUCUAAAGCUGAAAAUGGCAUAUGUAGAUUAGGGCAAAGUUUAGUGUUUGAAAAUGCUGUCAUAUAACGUCUGGCUAAUUUUUUGUUGUCGUCUGUAAAUAUCCAGCUAUCUCCAUUAGAUGUAAACUUCCAUCCAACCAUCCAUCCAUUUUCCAAACCGCUUAUCCUACUGGGUCGCGGGGGGUCCGGAGCCUAUCCCGGAAGCAAUGGGCACGAAGCAGGGAACAACCCAGAAUGGGGGUGGGGGGGCAGCCCAUUGCAGGGCACACUCACACACCACUUACUCUCACAUACAUACCUACGGGCAAUUUAGCAACUCCAACUAGCCUCAGCAUGUUAUUGGACUGUGGGGGGAAACCCCACGACGACAUGGGGAGAACAUGCAAACUCAUGUGACCCAGGCGGAGACUUGAACCUGGGUCCCAGGGGUGUGAGGCAACAGUGCUAACCACUGCACCACCAUGCCGCCCCUAUCCAAUUCUAGUAAAGUGUAAAUACCACCUAAUAUCAUCAGAUCUAAAAUAUACUUGCUAACCUCCUGUAUAUGUAAAUAUGCAGCUAUAUCCAGUAGAUGGCGCAUUUCUUUCCUUACUUGAUGUCAUGGAUGUGACGCAAACGCAACGCCCCCUUCUUGGGUCAGAAUGGCGCUCCCCAUAGUGGCGGUGUGCUGGCGUGUUAGUACGUGUAGAUCACGAUAUUUACUGACAAAGGUCAGCACGGGUUUCUCAUUCAGCACCAGGUUACACUCCUCUGCCAAUGACGGACACGGACUUUUAUCGGCGCUGAACAGACGGGGUGUUUUAAAGGACGCCUUCCCUGAAUCAGCCGCCCAGGUUCAGCUUCCCCAGCUGCUUCUGGCCGGCCCGCAGUGCGUGUACUGCGGCUUCGACCCCACCGCGGACAGCCUACAUGUGGGGAACUUACUGGCCAUUAUCGGGCUCCUACAUUUCAGAAAGGCCGGUCAUGAUGUCAUCGCGCUGGUCGGUGGCGCUACAGCGAGGAUCGGAGAUCCCAGCGGCAAGACCAACGAGAGGGAGCGGCUGUCCUCCGAGGUCAUCGAGAGCAACAUCGUGGGCAUACGAAAGAGUCUGGAGUGCAUUUUCACCAACCACGAACUGUACUUCUGUCAGAACUCUCCCAAGCUCGGCACGGUAACCGUACUGGAUAACGACAGCUGGCACCGAAAGUGGAACAUAAUCUCCUUUCUAUCUGAAGUUGGGAGACACUUCCGCAUGGGCACCAUGCUGAGCAGGCACAGCGUGCAGACUCGGCUGAAAGGCCCGGAGGGCAUGAGCCUCACCGAGUUCUCAUACCAGGUUUUCCAAGCUUACGACUUUUAUCACCUAAACCAACAGUUCGGUUGCAAGAUUCAGCUCGGAGGAACCGACCAGCUGGGUAACUUGAUGUCUGGACACGAAUUUAUUCACAAGGUGACCGGACAAGAAGUGUAUGGCCUCACUGUUCCUCUGGUAACGAGUUCAGCUGGGGACAAGUUGGGCAAGACGGCAAGCAACGCCGUGUGGCUGAACAGGGACAGGACGUCACCCUUUGACCUGUACCAGUACUUUCUUCGGCAGCCUGACGCCAGUGUUGGCAGGUACCUGAGGCUCUUCACCUUCCUCCCUCUGGCUGAGGUGGAUCAUGUGAUGGAGCAGCAACGGCGGGACCCGGGGAGACGGCCCGCGCAGAGACGCCUGGCUGCUGAGGUCACCAAGUUAGUCCACGGCAAGGAAGGCCUGGAGAAUGCCAAGAGGUGCACCAACGUGCUCUACCAUGAUAGCCUGCAGGCCCUGGAGCAGAUGAGUGAUGCAGAGCUAAAGGAGCUCUUCAAGGAAGCCCCUUUCCUAGAGCUGCUUCUUGAACCUGGGACCACAGUGCUGGAAGCCUGCAGGCAGGCCGAGGCCAUCCCUGAUGGGGCCAGGGGGUACAGCAUGGUGUCAGAGGGAGCCGUGUGGAUCAACCACAACCGCGUUCACAACCCCGAGCAGGUGCUGAUCAGGGGACAGCACAUCCUGACCAAUGGACUAACCCUUCUCCGGGUGGGAAAGAGGAACUAUUAUAUCCUGAAGUGGCUGGGCCUCUGACAUGCCAGGCCUUCUAGAACUUUCUACACAAUGCUGCAUGAUUCUCCAGAUUGUGAGAGUACCCUGAAGUUAUGUGAAUUAAUAAAGAGUCACACAUAAUUUGGACAUCAA